CCGAGCGAGUGAGAGAUAAGAAAAAAUGGCGACGGACGUGAAAACUUCUAGGAGUGUUUAAACUGAAAAAAACUAUCGUUUAAAACUGUUAAAGUAUCAACAAAAAGUCGCUAAAUUUAUCACAAACCUUUAAUUAAACAACAUUUGAUUAAAAGUUCCCUACAACAAGUGCGGCAUAUCUCAUAAAAAACGAAUCCUGUGGAAAAGAACCUGUUCGUGGCAAAGUACAGAGAGAAAUACCCUUUUGGAAAGGAGCAUCAUCUUUAGUCGAGAUGUCGUAUCCACCGCGUCCCCCUAUGGUUCCAACCAUGCCGUCUUUUAUGCCACCGCCGCCGAUGCCACCGCCUGGCAUGACACCCAUGGGCACACACCUAAUGCCUCCUCUAACAACCCCACCCCCGCCCACCAGACCAACAUUUAGAACUGCAGCUACCAUAAGCUCUCAGCCGACCGUCUAUUCAAGGAUUAAUCCCGAUCCACAUGCUCAGACCCAGUUCAAGGGUCCAAUAAUCACGGUUUUUGUUGGAAAUAUAAGUGAACGGGUCCCCGAGAUAUUAAUAAAACGAAUUUUAAGCACAUGCGGACAGGUUGUCAACUGGAAAAGGGUUUCAACAUUUGGAUUUUGUGAAUACGACGGUCCAACUGCUGGAAUGCGUGCUGUUCGCCUACUCAGUGAAAUGGAAUUUGAUGGUAAAAAGCUAGUGGCAAAAGUUGAUGCAAAAAAUAAACUCUUAUUGGAUAAUUAUAAGGAGGAGGAGUUAAAGUUAGGCGGCAAAAAGAUAGAAAUUGAAAAGGAUGAAGACGCCUAUGCUCUUACGCUGAUGAAACGCAUUAUGGAAGAACAUAAACAUGAACUACCACCGCCAAGUGAUGGACGCCCAGACAACCCCGAUCUCAAAGUGAGCAAAGCUCUACAAGAUGCUAAUCUGGAAGAUGAUAAAAGAAACCUAAUUAGCAGUGAGAUUGGUAAAUUUCGUAAGAAGGCCGAAGCCGAUGAUCAUCGUAAAGAAAAGGAAAAAGAUCGUAGGAAAAGAAAUGAUGAAAAAGAACGUGAUCAUAGGGAUUCGGAAAAGGAUAGUGAAAAGGAUUGGGAUGCGAAUGAAAAAGAAGUAGUUGUGAAAAAAGAAAAAAAGGAUAAAACUGUGGACGCAUCGCCAUCGAAGAAAGAAAAAGAUCGUGACUCAAAAGAUAAACGAAAGCGAAGCAAGUCUCGUUCGAAAGAUCGUGAGAGAGAUCGUGAUAGAGAGAACAAAGAUAGAGAGCGGGAACGCGAAAGGGAGCGUGAAAAAGAACGCGAAAAGGAACGUGAGCGUGAACGUGAACGAGAGCGUGAAAGGGAGCGAGAAAGAGAAAGAGAGCGUGAACGGGACAGGGAAAGAGAGCGCGAAAGGGAAAGAGAACGUGAACGGGACAGGGAGCGCGAACGUGAAAGAGAUAGAGAGCGAGAGGAAAAAAUCGUCAAAAAUGUACGAGAUAUCCAGCGCGAAAAAGAAAUUGAAGAAGAAAUGCGAGAGCGUAAGAAGUUGGAGAAAAAAGCUCGUGAGAAGGAAGCUGCAUACCAAGAAAGACUGCAAAACUGGGAACAAAGAGAACGACGAAAACUUAAAGAAUAUGAAAAGGCAAAAUCAAAAGAAAGUAUGAAACUUGAAGAAAGAGAAAAAGAAGCCAAACGGUUAAAGGAAUUCGUAGAGGACUACGAUGACGAUAGGGAUGAUCCUAAAUACUACAAGGGCCGGGAACUUCAAAGAAGACUUGCUGAACGUGUCCGAGAAGCUGAUCUCGACGCCAAAGAUCGCAAUAGGGAACAAGAAGAACUCGAAGAGCUUAAGAACAAAAUAUUCAGUGGAGAAUACGAGAAUCCAACACAAGAGUUUGAACGGGCGAAGAAGGAACGUGAGAAUCUAUACAAGCCUCAAAUUCUAAUUGACGUUAAUUUAGAAGCACAGCAACGCAAGGAGCGUGAACUGGAAAAGGAGCGAGAACGUGAAAUUGAAAAGGCCAAGCGUCUCAAGGAGAAGGAGAAACUUGCAGCGGCCAAGGAGAAAUACAUGCAAGAGAAGGAGGCACACGAAGCAGCGAUGGCAGCCGCAGUCAUGCAUACAGAACCAAUUGAUUCUGAUUCAAAUGACGAGACAUUAACAUCAAAUCGUGAACCCAAUUCAAAUCAUCCAUUACCACCAGUAAGACAUGAAUCAGAGUCCAGGGAUAGUGUAUCGAAUCAUUUCCAAGACGAGGAUUCUCGAGGAUCUGUGGUAUCGUCCAGUCACGGUUUCAGUCCUGUUAAUAGUCAUAACAAUGUAACAACUCCUGGUACUCCUCCUAUUUCCGCUCCACUUAUAAGUCUCAAUUUAGGAGUUAAUGCUAAGAAGAAAAAAAUCGAGGUUACUUCGGAUGUUUUCAACAAUGAAGAGGACAACGAUGACGCUAGCAAUCCGAAGAAGAGGAAGUUAGUGCCGCUAGAUUAUGACGAAAACCAAUUUCCAAAUGCCCAAUCUCAAAAUCGUGGAUCACAUCCAGCCAACGUUUCAAGUGCAACCCACCACUCUGGACAGAAUCACUCCAAGUCAAACUCAAAGAAGCGUAGUGAUAAACCCGAUAGCAACAGCGGCGGAGGCAGCAAUAACAAAGAAGACAAUACCACUAAACUUCAGGAGGAGAAACGCCGUCACAUCAAGAGCAUAAUCGACAGAAUACCCACGCAAAAAAUUGAUCUUUUCAACUAUAAGCUAGAUCGCAAUGAAAUCGACAACAACCUUAUGGAGAAGAAAAUUCGACCGUGGAUCAAUAAGAAAAUCAUCGAGUACAUUGGUGAACCCGAACCAACACUCGUUGAUUUCAUUUGUUCCAAAGUCCUAGCUGGUAGUUCACCUCAAAGUAUUUUAGAUGAUGUUCAAAUGGUUCUGGAUGAAGAAGCAGAAGUCUUUGUUGUCAAGAUGUGGCGAUUGCUCAUAUAUGAAGUUGAUGCCAAGAAAAUAGGCCUGGGUAAAUAAAUUGUUUAUUUAUUUUUGUGUUGUAAUAUCUCUAGUAUAAUAAUAAGUGGUUAUACAUAUAUAACAUUAAAGAAAACAACAAAAUGUUUUUUAAAAGUACCGAAUCGAAGCUUCUGAGCAUUGCCAGAUUUUUAUUUGUUUCUAUUUUUUUUGUUUCAUUUUUUUUUCUUCCUUUUAAUAUUCCUUAUAAUUAUGUCUUUUUAUUUCAAAUUCUAUUUAUACAUUUCAUUUUUAAUAAUAAGAUUGAAUUAAACUAUUAUUUUUUAAAUACAGCCAAUAUAUUAAAGAUGAAGAAAUAAAAACAGAGGUGAUUUAAGAGUUUCUGA